CUUCACAAGUAAACAGCUUAAAACUAGAUUUUACACUUCACUCUCGAUAUUUCUGUGUUUCUGUGGACUUUAGACUCUAAAUUACCUUAUUGGUAGCAGAAAUAAAUCAAGGCUUUAGUUGUUCGUCUGGUAACAAUAAAUAUGGCGAGUUUACGGGUGCUUGUCGGAUGCAAAAGAGUGAUUGAUUAUGCUGUGAAAAUUCGAGUGAAGCCGGACAAAUCAGGGGUUGUGACUGAAGGAGUGAAACAUAGCAUGAACCCUUUUGAUGAAAUCGCUGUCGAAGAAGCCAUUAGAAUGAAAGAAAAGAAAUUAGCCAGUGAAGUGAUAGCUUUCUCCUGUGGACCUACCGCUUCUCAGGAAACUCUACGUACUGCCAUGGCAAUGGGUGCUGAUAGAUCUAUCCAUGUUGAAGUGGAUGCAAACCAAGCAGAAAUCAUUCAACCAAUUCAUAUUGCUAAAUUAUUGUCUAAAAUAGCUCAGGAAGAAAAGGCUGACAUUGUGAUGGUUGGAAAGCAAGCGAUCGAUGAUGAUUGUAAUCAAACUGCACAAAUGACCGCAGCAUUACUGGAUUGGCCACAAGCUACCUUCGCUUCCAAACUUGAACCAGCAGAGGGGGGUUUGAAAGUCACAAGAGAGAUCGAUGGCGGUUUGGAAACAAUCCAAGUGAAAACACCAACAGUCAUUUCAUCAGAUUUACGUCUCAACGAGCCAAGGUAUGCUACUCUACCAAAUAUCAUGAAAGCAAAGAAAAAACCCUUGGCUAAAAAGAAACCAGAAGAUUAUGGUGUAGAAAUUAAGGCCCAUCAAGAAAUUAAAAAAGUGGAAGAUCCACCAACCAGAGAAGCUGGACAGAAACUAGAAACAGUGGAAGAGUUAGUAACCAAAUUAAAAGAUGGUGGAUUCAUUUAAUUUUAAAGAUAAUUUAGGAAGUUUAAUAAAUUGUUUUGUUAUCUUGUGAAGGACAUUCAUACUAUCUAAUGUUUCAAGGUUAAUUGUAUUAUAUUUCAACUUGUUAAAAUAGAUUGAAAAUUAUCAGUAUUUUUCUU